UGUCGGCAGAAGAGCCAACAAUGUUAGUGAUAUUAAAUCGAAGUUUGAUUAACAAAACAUCGGUUUGUUUACGCACCAGUUCUUAUAUUGGUUCGUUAAAUGGCGUAAAGUCGUUUGGUACCUCUUCGAUGGCACAGCAGGAACGAAAAGUAAACGUGGAUGGGGUGGAUAUCAAUUGUUUGAGUGUAGGAACGGGUGAACAUCCAGUUUUGCUUCUACCUGGUGCUGCAGGUUCGAUAUGGACAGACUUCAAACCACAAAUAGAGGGUCUCGACAAAGAGAAGUUCACCAUAGUCGCUUGGGAUCCACCCGGUUAUGGCAAGUCCAGACCACCCGAUAGGAAAUUUCCAGAAGACUUCUUCCAACGUGACGCUGUUUGGGCUAAUAAUUUAAUGAAAGUUUUGGGCCACUCGAAAUUUUCGUUAAUAGGAUGGAGCGAUGGAGCCAUUACUUCGUUGAUACUCUCCUCAAUGUUCCCUGAAAAUAUUAGAAAAAUGGUAGCCGUUGCAGGGAACUCGUACAUAAGUCCAAAAGAAAUAGAAAUUUACAAAAAAUUCAGAGACAUCGACACUUGGUCGGAGAAAAUGCGAGCACCGAUGAUACAGGUUUAUGGAGAGGAGUAUUUUCGAAAGAUCUGGACCGGCUGGGUCGACGGCCUUGAGAAAAUAUACGAAAAACAAAAUGGCGACAUUUGCAAAGAGUGUCUGUCGAAAAUCAAAUGUCCCACUUUGAUCGUUCAGGGAAACAAGGACGCGAUGGUUCUCCCUGAGCAUCCUGUUUACCUGAAGGAACACAUCGCAGGAGCAAAACUGAAGCUGAUGGAAAAUGGGGCCCACAACUUGCACCUGCGAUACCCAGAAGAAUUCAACGCUCUCGUCACCGAAUUUCUCACGGAAUAAUCAUAUGCUUUUAUACGUUCUA